AGUUGGCAGCACCGCCCGUCGCUGGCCGAGCUGAAAAACCAAACAAACCGAAAGAAAGCAGAAGUGAAGUUGUUGUCGCGACGGAAAGGUGUUAAAAAAAAAUAAAACGCGAAGCGCACCGCAGUCCGGUUGUUAUAAUUUUUUUUUUCGGUGCCACCCAGUUUUGUUUUGAUUUUUAAAACAUAAAAGAAAGAGAUUAACUGUGCGCGUUUCCGUUUGUUUUCCUUUUUCGGUUUGCGAAAUGCGCGCGCGCAAUUAAAGAAAAGCCGAGGAGGCGAGCGACUCUUCUUAAGGAAAAUUCAGCUACGCAUCUUGAGGCUGCAGCGGCAGCAGCAGCAGCAACAAUAAAAACGCAAACAGAAAAGGAACCAAAAACUAAACUCAUUAAAAUAAAACCCUUGGAGGAGACCUCUCUCCCAGAGACAACAAAUGUCGUAAACAUUGGACUAAAAGGGGACAUUGGAUUCUAAGCACAGCAACACAUUCGUGGGACAUUUUUCGCUAAGAGCUUCCUGGUCCCUGGAACUUUGUAACCACCACUCAACCACCUUUGGCAGGCGUCGACUGUUGCCGCUGGGUAGCAGCGGCGGCGCCGCAUGGACCAUGCCGUGAAGGCGACGCGUGGCCGCCCGCUCAACACGCUGCGCUUCGAGAAUGAUGAGCUGGAAUGCCUCUACCAGCGGUACACGCUCAAGCUGCAGCGCUUCUCGGUGCUGGGCGUGGUGGCGCUGGUCGUUGUCCUCUGCGGCGUGAUGGCGGCCCUGUCGCUGGCCUUUAACAAUGCGGCCACUUUUCAUAACAUCUUCAAUGCAAUUGUUUGUGUGCUAUUCGCUGUGGUCCUGGUCUUGCUGCAGUGCUCCGUGAUCAAGGACCAUCACCUGCCCACUUUGUGCUAUGGCAUCCUGCUCUUUACCGCCAGCAUUUGUGUGGUGUCUAUGCCAACGCUGGGCAGCGUGUUCCCGGUGGACACCAAGGAGGUAAUGGCCGAGGGCGUCUGGCAAAUUGUCUUUGUGGUCUUCCUGGCCUAUGCCAUGAUGCCGCUGCAAAUCUGGGAGGCGGUGGCCUUUGGUAUUGCCCUGCCCUCGGUGCACAUUAGCCUGACUGUCUACAAGAUUUUCACGGAUGCCUUGCGUUACCUGGAAUACAAUCAGCUGAUUGCCAACAUUGUCAUCUUUAUUGGAGUGAAUGUGGCCGGUCUGGUGGUGAACAUCAUGAUGGAGCGGGCCCAGCGUCGCACCUUUCUCGAUACGCGGAACUGUAUCGCCGCUCGGCUAGAGAUCCAGGAUGAGAACGAGAAGCUGGAGCGGCUGUUGCUCUCCGUGCUGCCGCAGCAUGUGGCCAUGCAGAUGAAGAACGAUAUUCUGUCGCCGGUGGCCGGUCAGUUCCAUCGCAUCUACAUCCAGAAGCACGAGAACGUGAGCAUUCUCUUUGCGGACAUUGUCGGGUUCACGGUGCUCUCCUCGCAGUGCAGCGCCCAGGAGCUGGUCCGGCUGCUCAACGAGCUCUUCGGGCGCUUCGAUCAGCUGGCCCACGACAACCAUUGUCUGCGAAUCAAGAUCCUGGGCGAUUGUUAUUACUGUGUUUCCGGUUUGCCAGAGCCGCGGAAGGAUCAUGCCAAGUGCGCCGUCGAAAUGGGACUGGACAUGAUUGAUGCCAUUGCAACCGUGGUGGAGGCCACCGAUGUGAUACUGAACAUGCGCGUGGGCAUCCACACGGGUCGCGUGCUUUGCGGCGUUCUGGGUCUUCGCAAAUGGCAGUUUGAUGUGUGGUCCAACGAUGUGACCUUGGCCAAUCACAUGGAGUCGGGCGGUGAGCCCGGCCGGGUGCAUGUGACCCGUGCCACCCUCGACUCGCUGUCCGGCGAAUACGAGGUGGAAGCAGGCCACGGAGAUGAGCGUUCCUCGUACCUACGCGAUCAUGGGGUGGAUACGUUCUUUAUUGUGCCGCCGCCACAUCGCAGAAAGCCGCUGAUGCUUAAUACUCUCGGCGUACGAUCGGCGAUUGGAAGUCGACGAAAGCUCUCUUUCAGGAACGUGUCCAACGUGGUCAUGCAGUUGCUGCACACGAUCAAGUUCUCGGAGCCCGUUCCGUUCUCCAACAUAGCCACCGGAUCGUUUCCUUCAGCGGCAAGCGCUUUGGGCGGCGGUGUUGGUGGCGGUGGCGUCGGCAUUGGUGGUGUGGGCGUGGCACGUGGCAGCAGCUGUGAGGCAAACACCGGCAGCGGCGUGCAGGUGUCGGAGAAGGGAGGUUCGCGUAAGGUGAUCCGUCUGCAAAAGAUCUUGCAUGCAACACCGCCACCGCACGGCGUGAGCUAUGGCAGCGUAGGCGGCGGUGCCAGCGUCGUCCUUGGUGGUAGUGGUGGUGGUAAUAAUGGAGGAGGUGGUGGCGGUGGCGGUGUGGGCAGUGUUCAAGUGACCGUAGGCACAAAUCCCAACUCAACAGCGAGUACGAUUAGUCGCAUUCAUAGGCACAAUCACAAGAACAAUAAAUCGCAGUCAAAGGUGGCGGACAAGUUCAAGCGACCCUUCCGGAAGCGUCACUCGGUGGCUGCCCAUCAUCAGCCCACCAAUCGGGUGAAUCGCUUCCUGUCGCAGGCGAUCAAUGCCCGGUCCGUGGACUGCGACAAGUCGGAGCACGUGGAUAGGCUGACGCUGCGCUUCCGGCAGAGCGACAUGGAGCGCGAAUACCACAAGGACUUCGAUCUGGGCUUCACCACGGCCAUGGGCUGCUCCCUGCUGCUGCUCAUCCUGGGAGCGGCACUUCAGGUGACCGCCUUGCCGCGCACACUCAUUCUGCUGCUGCUCUUUCUCACCGCCUUCAUUUGGGUGAGCGCCAUACUAAUGCUUCUACUCGCCGUGCGUCUCAAGUGGAUCAUCUGGGACAUUUCGGAGAGCUUCUCACUCCGCAUGGCCAUCACGAUCUUUACGAUAAUCCUUAUCUACUCCGUGGGUCAAGUGAAUGUGUUUACUUGUGUCUCGGACCAUCCCUGCUCUGGCAAUGCAACGGCCACUGCCUGGUCUAGUCGCCGGGAGCUGGACCCGCACUUCUUCUCCUACCCAAACGAUUCGCACCGCAAGUGCUCCCUGCCGCAGUACGUUUCCUUGUCGGCUGCCUUUGCCUUUCUGUCCGUCUCCGUGUUCCUCAGGCUGCCCAUAAUAUUCAAGUCGCUGCUGGUGCUGGGCAUGGGCACCAUCUAUGCUUUGUUCAUCGAGCUGUCGCACCAGAACAUCUUUGAAUGCUACGACAACCGGGUCAACGCCUCGAUUCCGCUUCACUUGAUCUCGCUGGCCCGCAUAGCCAUCUUCAUGAUUGCCAUUCUGGUGCACGGCCGCCUGGUGGAGGGCACUGCCCGGCUGGAUUUCCUUUGGCAGCUGCAGGCCUCGCAGGAGAAGAAGGAGAUGGACGUGCUGCAGGAGUCGAACAAGCGCAUUCUGCAUAAUUUGCUGCCCGCUCAUGUGGCUGCACAUUUCCUCGAUGCGCAAUUCCGCAACAACAUGGAGCUCUACCAUCAGAGCUACGCCAAGGUGGGCGUCAUCUUUGCCAGCGUGCCCAACUUCAAUGAGUUCUACACUGAGAUGGAUGGCUCUGAUCAGGGUUUGGAGUGCCUCCGGCUGCUGAACGAGAUCAUAGCGGACUUUGAUGAGCUCCUAAAGGAGGAUCGUUUCCGGGGCAUUGACAAAAUCAAGACCGUGGGCAGCACCUACAUGGCCGUGGUGGGUCUCAUACCCGAAUACAAAAUCCAACCCAACGAUCCCAACUCGGUGCGGCGCCACAUGACCGCGCUCAUCGAGUAUGUGAAGGCCAUGAGGCUAUCCCUCCAGGAGAUCAACAGUCACUCGUACAACAACUUUAUGCUGCGCGUUGGCAUCAACAUUGGGCCAGUGGUGGCCGGGGUAAUUGGAGCCCGGAAGCCGCAGUACGACAUCUGGGGCAACACUGUCAAUGUGGCCAGUCGAAUGGACUCCACCGGUGUGCCGGGCUACAGCCAGGUGACCCAGGAGGUGGUGGACAGCCUAGUGGGAUCGCACUUUGAGUUUCGCUGUCGCGGCACCAUCAAGGUGAAGGGCAAGGGCGACAUGGUCACCUACUUUCUGUGCGACAGCGGCAACAAGUCCUUAAACGGGGAGGUACGCAACGCCAUGUCCCUGCCGCAGAGUUUGCAUGCCCCGGACUAUUACAUGAAGGCCUCGCAGUUCCCGGAGAAUCGCGUCAACACGGACACCUACAGCAAGAAGGAGAACGGUCACCUAUAUCCGGGUGGCGGCGAGGAGCAGCAACUUCUGCUGCAGCAUCAGCACAAGCAGCUCGAUCCGCUGCCGCUGCCUGCCCCGCAGCCACCGCCACCGCCGGUGCACCAUCAUCUGCACCAGCAGCAGCAGCAGCGGCUAAACAGCAAGCUGCAGAAGCAGCCCAACUUCAUGGCCAACGGCGGACUGCCCAAUAUAAGGGAGAACGGGAAUGGGAAUGGAAAUGGGAACGGGCACAAUGGCGAACAGCAGCAGCAUGGGGACUUCACUUCCACGACGACAGCGCCGGCUGCAGUGGCGGUUGUUCCCUUCCAGCACCAGCUACAGUUCCAGCAUCCACACCCACACCCACAUCCAGUGCAGCACCACCAAAUCCUACUCCAGCACCAGCAUCAGCUGCAGCUGCAGCACCAGCACCAGAACCAACCCGUUCCUCCGGUAAUGUUGCGCGAGUUUAAUAUUAUUGAGAACCCAACUUUGGGCGGCAUCCGGCAUCCGCAGUUGGAGCAGCUGCCGCCGCAGCACCAUGGCAGCCUAGAUCUAAACGAGAUGGGCGGAAACAUGGGCUUGGGCAUGGGCAUGGGUGUGGGUAGCGGCGGUGACUGCUUCAUGAUGCCGCGAUCGCGAGAUCGGGACUUACGCACCUAUGCGCCGCCCUUUAACCAGCAUGGCCAUCAUCCACUACUGCAUCACCUCCAUUCGAAUCCGAACCCGCAUCAGAGCCAGCAUCAGCAUCAGAACCCGCCAUCGUCCACCAGUUUGGGCCUGGGCUAUGGCCACUGCCGGGAGAGCGAGCCGCUAUUGCAUGCCAGCAGCGUCGCGCCGGUAGCCAAGAUCAUGCCCAUGCAGCAUGCGCCAAAGUACGAGCCACCACGUUACACUUCUCCCCACACCGUGUUGUCACAGCAGCAGCAGCAGCAGCAGUCACAUCCCGCCCAGGAUCAGCAGCCACAGCGUCAGUAUGCCAUGUAUUCGCAGCAACAGCAGCUGCAGCAGACAACGCAGCAGCCACAGUUGCCCCCGAAGCCCGUGCUGCGUACGUACAUGAAGCCGCUGCCAAAGCUGCCGCCGGCAGAGCUGGAGGAGAGUCGGGACAUGUCCUCCACGGACGAUCUUAGCUCGCGGCCACACUCGCCCUCGAUGAGCAGCUCGGAUGAGAGCUACUCGAAGACCACCGAGGGCGAGGGCGAUUGUGAUGAAAAUCCGCCGCCGCCGCCACGGCUUCCCAAUGGCGGCCAACUGCAUCACCUGCAGCACCUGCAGCAUCUCGCCCAGCAUUUGCCGCAGCGCAACGGUCUGGUCAAUCCCCUGCAAUGGCUCUAUCCCUGCGACAUCCAGGUGGAUCCCACCUCACCGGUGGUGGAGCAGCUGCAUGACUUUGAGCUGAGCUCCACAGCCGAGAGCCAGGGUCAGGGACAGCACACCACCAGCAACACGACCACGACGACGACGAGCAAUGCCCAGCAGAACGGCAAGGGCGAUCCCAAGGUGGUGACCGCCACAUCGGCAACGGGUGUGGUCAGUGCCAUCACCGCCACCAAGUCACCCUUCGAGCGGGAGCUGCAGCGUCUGCUGAACGAGUCGACGCGAGCCCGCUGUCUGGCGGCUGCCACCACGGAUCACACGACCAGCAAUGGCAGCCGCGACAUGAGCUACUCCCUGAGCAACGGCCGGCUGAGCUCAAGCAAUGGCCAUGGGCCAGCAGGAUCCGGUUCGGGGGCGGGCAAUGGCAGUGGAAGUGUCAGUGCUAGUGGCAGCGGCAGCAGCAAUGGCAAUAUCAGUGGUGGCAGUGGCAGCAAUUCGAACACGGGCAACAACAACGGCGGCCACAAGCAGCAGCAACAGCAGCAGGAGCACAUGGAGCACCUGGAGCACGAACUGGUGUCUGGCAAGUUGCUGCCCGGAAGCAGCAGCUUCAUGAUUGCCAAACAUCCGGUGGGCUUGGAGGCCAUCAAGGAGAUAACGCGCAACAAGAAUCCCUCGGAGUCGAGCCAAAUGCAAACCUCGGACACGGAAUCCUGCGAGAUUCUGCACGAGAAUCGCAACCAGCAGAUUCAGGCCCUGGCCCUGCUGGAGAUGCACUCGAUCAAGGAGCAGCAGCAGCAGCAGCAGAGGUCACACCGCCAGCGACCACGCUCCAAGGAGCUGCAGUACAGCCACGAGAGCCUGGACGGUCUGGAUGGAGUGACCCAGCAGCAGCGGCAUCCACGCUACCACCACCAUCACCACCACCAACAGAGGCAACAGCAGCAUCAGCAGCAGCAGCAGCGAUAUAACCAUUUGCAGAAGCAGGAGCAGGACGAGCGUGACGAUACCGAGGACAACCUGGCCGACGAGGAGUUUGAAGACGAUGAAGUGGGUCGCGAUGUCCGCCAGAAGCGCCAACAAAGGCCCUCGGACCUCGGCCACAGGCCACAAAACGACGAUGACGAUGACGAGGAGCAGGAACAGCAACGGGAUCGGGAUCGCAGGGAUGCGGCAGGGUAUGGCCUGGAGGCCAAUGUGAUAAACGACGAGCUAAAGUAUGGAGCGGCGCACCUCAACCAUCAGUCCAUGGACUCGAAUCCCUUGGAGAGCCAAUCGGAGUGGUCGGACGACGAUUGCCGCGAGGAGGCCACAGGUGGAGCCGAGUCAACUGGCUACAUAACCGAUGAGCCCGGCCUGGAGAACAUCUCCCUGCUGAAUGAGGCCGGGCUGACCGAUGCCGAGGGCGCUCUGUCGGACGUCAAUUCCCUGUACAAUGCACCCGAUGUGGACGACACCUCGGUGUCCAGCCGGGCCAGCUCGCGCCUGCUCAGCCUGGACUCGCUGAGCGGGCUCUAUGACUGCGAUCUGGACUCCAAGCAGGAGCUGGCCAUUGUCAAUGCCUCGCACAAGAUAACCAGUAAGUUUGGGCCGCCGCCGCCGCCAUCGCCGGCACAGUCGCAGUCGCAGACCCAAUCCCAGAAUCAGGCGCAGGCGGAAGAGCUGGAGUAGAGAGUAAAGAUUGAAAGUACUUAAGAGGGGGAAGUGAAAAAUGAGAAACUCGAAACGUUGUUAUUGCUACAAAUGCAAAAUGGUGUCUAUUAAUUAACAAAAAGCAUACAUACAUGUAAACCUAAAGCUAGAAUAUAUGCAUAUACAUAUGACGUAAUGCCCCUUAGGUAUUAGCGAGACUCUCGUAUACAUAGUAUAUGCAGUUGAGAUCUAUAUAUAUAUAAUACAUAUAUAUCUGUAGCUAGUAAGCAGCACGUACAUCCAGUUAAGCGUUUCCAGUUACUAUAUCCCGCAAAGCAAAGCAAACUUAAUCUAUAUUUCGCGAUAUGUGUAAGACCAUGUAUUCAUCAUUUAGUGCGCUUAGGACCUCCUAAGGACUCCCAUCUGUUAUUUAUACCAUAUACUAUAUUAUAUGUGUGUGUAUUUUGAAGCGAAUUAAUUGCAUGACAAGUUUUGUAAAUAAACCUAAUAAAAUAUACAGAGACUGCGGCACACAUUGA